AUGGCUAAAAACGCGAAAUCCACCACAUUCGAAUUGAACGUGGGCCUUCAAAAAAAUUCUCAUAAAAGACCAUUAAAAUCAACAAGCAAUGACAAGGCUACAUUUGCUGAUACUCCAACACUUAAAAAACUUCGUACUACUACUAAUACACAACAUAAUAGCAUAGAAUUAAUGUCAUGGAAGCAAGCAAAAGAAAAAUUGACUACUCUUUUCACUAAUGAAGAUGAACGCGGAAAAAUCAAAGGUCUUCUUUUGAAUAAACCACUAGAAGAACGGUUAGAAUAUUUUGAGGGUGGAGAUAAGGAGGUGACUGCUGCUCUUAAAACGCUUUUACAAGAUUAUGUUAUAUUAAAUGAAGACUUUUUAGAGCGACUUAGCAAAAAAAUAGUUGAAGAAUUAUGCAAACCAAAACAAACAACUGAAUACAGUCCAGCAUCAGCAGCAGUUUGGACUCGAUUCCAGAAUGUAAUCAAUUUGGUUGAAAUUUGGAAUAUUGCAAUAGAUAUAAAUUAUCCAAGAAAUAAUGAAGAUAUUUCAAUCUAA